AUAUGAAUAUUGAUAAUGUUUCCUCUAGAGUCUAGCCCCUGUAGUGUGGGCUGUGAGAAAUGAACUGCAUGUGAUAAUGUAUUGAUAGUGUUUCCUGUAUUUAUCAUAUCGUGCUGGCUGUCCGAAAAAAACUGUAGCAGAGGCCCAUUCUGAUAUAUAGGCUAUAGAUCAUGUAUUAACUGUAUGUCUUCCUGUAGACCAUGUCAUGCGGGCUGUGGAAAGAAACCCUGGCUAUAGCAGAGGACUACCUGUCUGUCUGCAGUAUUAUCCCUGCCAGUGGGUCCCGGAAAGCCCCGCCCGGUCCUCCUCCCAGCGACUCGGCUGCAGCCAUGCGGCGCCAGGCCCGGGACAUGGAGGCCAAGCACCGGGCCCGCUUCCAUGCCAUGGCACACAGCUUCCUGUGCCAAUGCGGGCCGGACCCCUGCGCCUGUCUGAGGAGGGUGAUGGAGGAGCUGGUGGGAGACGGACAGAUGAACUGGGGGAGGGUGGUCUCUCUGUUCACCUUCACUGGUGUGCUGGUCAGAGAACUACAGGGAGAGGACACGGACCAGGGGCUGGGUAAUGGCAUGGGGCUGGGGGGGAAGGAGAGCUGCAGGGCGCUGGCGGAGACCAUAGCAGACUACCUAGGAGAGGAGAAGAGUGACUGGAUGCUGGAGAACAAAGGCUGGGUAGGUUUGAGCAGUGAGCAUCACACACACAUGCGCUUAUGGACACAUGUGCACGCACACACAGGAUCAUUUACUAAGCUGAUGGGAAUCUGGGCUCAUAUCAGCAGCACUAGUUCUCUGUCAAGCUAAGAGAAACAGUUGGAC